AUGUGUAGCGCGAGCGUGAAACAGGCAUGUCCCAAAGGCAUCUAUCUCACGCCCACACCGCGCGAUCCUCACGUCUGGCAGGGUGUGCUGUUCGUCCGCAAAGGCCCGUAUACACCCGCAAUCCUCAACUUCUCUCUGCUCCUUGCCGCCGACAAGCCUCCAACCAUCACCUUCUCGACCGACACCUUCCACCCCUUGGUAACCCCUCUGACCACAUACACGUACACCACGAGCGACACAGGCGCCGAUACUGUCCAUGCCACCGAUGACGAGCGUCUCCCUCCCGGUGGCUUCAGCUUGCGCCAUGGCUUUCCUCAGUGGUUUGGACGCAGCAAGCCGAAGCCUGCGUCUCUGCUUGCUUCAACCCCAGAGAUAGCAUCCACGCCAGAACGCUCACAGUCGUCGUACGGCCCUCUGGCCAUCGUGCAGAUCCUAUUCUACAUGCGAAGUACUUUCGACACCGCCGAGGUGCUUGACAAGGUGCCCUUACAGGCUGCGGGCAACCCAGGAGCAUGGCAUGCAUGGCAGACACAUAGAGCGCGAGUUAUUGGCACCACACCCCUCUCUGCGACAACAGAUGAUGGAAAGAGCCCCGCAUCCCCCACCUUUCGUCAACAGCCAGGUGGUGCUCGCAGGCCUGGCCAAUGGAACUGGGAAGGCGUCUGGGAAGAGAGGGUCAAGAAGGGGAUCCAAGCGAGCGUGUCACAGCAUACCUUGUUUGGUAGCGCGGGUUCCAAUGAUGAUCUAGUAAGUCUCGUCACCAUCCAGUGCUCCCAAGCACAGCUAUCUAAUGUUUGUGCCUCAGAUCAAUUUCUUGAACAUUGA